AUGCUCUCAGCCUUUACUGCGCGCCCGAUCAUUGAGCUGCGGCCGCGCGACAAAUCCAAGAUUGAAACAAUUAUUGCCCAUGGCGAUCGCAUUCUUGUCGGCCUCAACAGCGGCGCGCUCCGAAUUUACAGACUCAACGAGCCGACCGCAGCCAUCGAAAACGGACACGCCGCCAGCAACUCCAUAUCGAGCAGCCUCCCGCGGAACAGCAGCGACCACCCGCAGCGUCCGUCGUCACGCGGCUCCUCACGACCGACCGACCUCCUGCGUGAGGUUGAGAAAUUCUCUACGCGCGCCAUCGAGCAGCUCGCCAUCAUCAAGGAGGCCAACACCAUCGUGUCGCUUUCCAACUAUCAUGUGUCGCUGCACGACCUGCAAACCUACGAGCUCAUCGAGACACUCGACAAGACCAAGAAUGCGUCGGGCUUCGCCGUCACCUCCAACAUUGUCAAAGACCCAGACACGGGCAUUCCGGAGAUUAUCUCUCGGCUCGCUGUUGCCGUGAAACGGCGCCUGCUGCUCUGGAGCUGGCACGACUGCGAGCUCGGCGGCGAUACCGCCGAGGUGGUGCUGGCUGAGUCGAUUCGCAGUGUGACGUGGGCGAGUGCCACCAAGGUCGUCUGUGGCAUGAAUGGCGGCUACGUCAUGGUCGAUGCCCUCACUCGUGAGGUGGAGGAUGUCACCGGCCCGGGCACAGUCGGCGCAGCUGGACAAAGCAGUCGAUUUGGCGCCGUCAGCAGUGCUGGUAUGGGCUACAUGGGACUGGGCGGAUAUAUGCCGAAGCCGCUGGCGUCCAAGCUAGCCGAUGGUCAGGUUCUUCUUGCCAAGGACAUCAAUACGCUGUUCAUCGACGACACAGGUAAGCCGCUGGAUAAGAGACAGAUACCUUGGGCGACAGCACCAGAGUCUAUCGGCUAUUCAUAUCCGUACAUCGUGGCUCUGCAGCCACCAGCAAAGGGGUCACUAGAAGUGCGCAACCCGGACACUCUUUCGCUCGUGCAGACGAUAUCACUUCCCGGCGCAGCGCAGUUAUACUUCCCGCCCCCGAAUGUCAGCCUGGCGCAUGCCGGCAAGGGUUUCCACAUCUCUAGUGAACGAUGUGUUUGGAAAAUGGGCGCAACGGAUUACGAUGCGCAAGUCAAGGAGCUGGUUGAUGCUGGCAACUACGACGAAGCGAUUAGCGUCCUGAAUAUGCUGGAAGAUGCGCUCUUGCAGAGUAAAACAGAGACUUUGAGGGAGGUCAAGAUGCAAAAAGCAGAGGUGCUCUUUGACGAGAAGAAGUAUCGCAAGGCAAUGGACCUUUUUAACGAGGACGACGUACACGCACCUCCAGAGCGAGUGCUGGCCUUGUAUCCGCCCAUCAUCUCCGGCGAGCUCUCCAAGUGGGCUGGCAGAGAGGAAACCACACAAGCAGGCGAUGCCGACGACACCGCGCCACGAACGAGUGUCGAGACUCGGCGGAAAUCCGAAGAUGCUGGCGAAAACACUUCCACGGUUGGUCGUUUCGCCGGAUAUUUCAUGGGGUCCCAACGUAAGACGGCUGCAGAUGUAGCGUCGAUUAAGUCGGUCAAGAGGGAAGCUUCUGAUGCUACGGAUGAAAAGGACUCCCCAGACCCCCCUGCAGCAGUGGACAAGCCUCUUGAGGGUAAAGACUUGAUGAAGGCUGUCCUCGAGCUGAAUGGGUACUUGGCCGGAACGCGAGCACGUUUACAGCGCGUGAUUGACCCUGCCACCGGCCUCCUCAAGCCCAGAGACGCAACGCCAGGCGAAGACGCCACAGAUCGCUUCCUUCGAAUGGGCCAGAAUGAAAGCGAGACGCAACUUCAGGAAAAGCUUCAACGCACGUUUCGUCUCGUCGACACGACGCUCUUCCGCGCAUAUAUGCUCUCGCAGCCCCUGCUCGCCAGCUCGCUCUUUCGCAUCCCCAACUUUUGCGAUCCCGACGUGGUCAAUGAGAAGCUCGUGGAGCAAGACCGCUACAACGAGCUUAUUGACUUUCUCUACGGCAAGAAGCUGCACAAGGAAGCUCUGGCGCUGCUCGUCAAGUUCGGCGCCGCCGCCAAGCCCGACGAGCGCGCCCCGGCGCUGCUGCACGGUCCUAACCGCACCAUCCAGUACCUGCAAAACAUGCCAUCGUCUGAGAUUGAUUUGAUCCUUGAGAAUGCCGGGUGGACGCUGCGCGUGAACGCGGCGUUUGCCAUGGAGAUUUUCACUGGCGAUACGGAAAAUGCAGAGACUCUACCGCGGGAACGUGUAAUGACAUUUUUGCGAACCAUUGAUACGGCUCUGGAGCGGCAGUACCUCGAGCACGUAGUCAUGGAGCUGGACGACUCGACACCGUAUCUGCAUGACAGGCUCCUUGAGCUCUACAUCUCGGCGCUGGAGAAGAUGAAGCACGGCGACGAGGAAUGGGAGCCGCUGAUGGAGCGCUUUAUCAAGUUUCUACAAGCGCCAAACCCCGUAUACAGCCUUGGCAAGGCAUUUUCGACUAUUCCCAGGAAUGACCCGUCUUUUUACGAGGCACAAGCCGUGGUGCUCAGCAACAUGGGACAACACAAGCAGGCCUUGGAGAUUUUUGUUUUCAAGAUGCAAAACUAUGCCAAGGCAGAGGAAUACUGCAAUCGCAUUCAGCGACAAGCUCCCGCUCCAUCCACAAACAACACGUCAGAAGAAGAAGACGACGAUGACGACACGCCCUCCAUCUACCACACGCUCCUCUCACUCUAUCUCCAGCCAUCAUCGCCGCACAAGCCACAGCUGGAGCCCGCGCUCGACCUCCUCUCCAAGCACGGCGCCCGUCUCCCCGCGACCUCGUCGCUCAGCCUCAUCCCCGACGACCUGCCCGUGAGCGCGCUCGAGUCGUACUUUCGCGGCCGCAUCCGCUCGGCCAACAGCAUGGUCAACGAGGCGCGCGUCGUGGCGGCGCUGCGCAAGGCCGAGGGCAUCAGCGUCGCCGCGGAGCUGCACGUCGGCGACGGCACGAGGGGCGCGCAGUCGGGUCGCAACAGGCACGUGGCCAUUACAGACGAGAAGCUGUGCGUGGUCUGCCAUCGCCGUCUGGGCGGCGGCAUGCGCGCCGGCGGCAGCGUGGUCGCGGUGAUGCCGGACAACACGGUGGUGCAUUGGGGCUGCCUGAGCAGUGUCGGAGGUGACCAGCGGCCCAAGACGCCGAGCUGGGCCCGACACUCAUAG